CAGCAAACAGGUGGUUGAUCAAAAUAAAUAGGGGAUUUUUCGCUGUUAGAUAAACAAUGGGAGAUCAGAACAAGAAAUAUUAUUUUGCCGACUUAGAAAAGAUGAGUUCAGAUGAACACAUGAAUGAAGAUGUGCAGGAUAUUGCUUGUCCUCGUUUAGUUUUGGAGUAUAAUAAGCACAUGGGUUAUGUAGAUAAACUAGACAUGUUGAAGUCAAUUUAUGAAUUAGAUCGAAAAUCUAAAAAGUGGUGGCUGCGCAUUUUUUGGUAUUUACUUGACAUAUCCCUAGUGAAUGCAUACAUAAUUUUCAAGAACCGAAAUACUACGACUAAGUCCGGCAAAUGUAUGACAUUGAAGGAUUUCAAGCUAGCAGUAUGCUUGGGACUUAUUGGAGCAGACGAAAAUAUUCCAAAGAAAGGGCGGAUAUCAUCAGUGCAACAAAAUACCUUCAAAGCCAAUGUGCCUCAGGAAAUUCGAUAUGAUUCUUGUGCACACAUGCCAAUCCAUGGAAGUUCAAGAAGAUGUGCUUAGUGCAGCUCUACAUCAUCACCACACCGGACAAAAUGGAUUUGUUCCAGGUAAAGAAAGUAAUGCUUCAUCUUAUUUUUAGUUUUAGCAAAAACUUUUUUUUCAGAUGCAACGUUGGAUUAUGCCUCAACGCAAAUCAAAAAUUGUUUCCUUCCGUAUCACAGACGAUAAAUGGAAAAUAUCGGA